GUGUAGCCUAGCCCCGCAUUCCACAGGCGUCAGCUUCCACUCCACUCGAGAUUCUGGAUCAAAUCAAUCCGUCAGUUGCGGCAUGGACGACUUCUCGAAGAGCAUCGCAGCCACAACGUCGUCCGCUCUGUCGGGAGAAGCCCAGGCAACGGCCGCCAAAAUCCAAAAGGCCGUCACCGCCGGCGUUGUCGGCGACGGUGCGCUUCAGGCGCGGCUCUCGGGACUGUCGGCGCGACUGCAGGUGUUCCGCCUGCACGCCGACCAGCUCAGCCGCUGCAUCGCCGACGCGCCCGUCGUGCAUCCCAACCUCGGAGACGUCCUCAAGUCCAGCCUGGCCGAAUCUGCCCACGCGCUGAGGACCGUGACCGGCAGGCUGGAGCCAGGGUCCGACAGCCUCGACAGCCACGCGGUCUCUGCUUUCGAGGCUUUGCUCGCCGCGUACACCAGGCUCUUUGUCCUGGGCACUCAGCUGUUGACAAUAGAAACGGAACAAGAACAACAAGCGAAGCUGGCUAGUCCAGUCGCGAGGGAGAUCGUGGCCGCCGCCCACAAUGCCUCGCAAGGGGUUCUCUCUUUUAGCUAUGCGAUGGAGAAUUGAGCUGCCGUU